CAUAUUCUUGUGAACCCAUCGGGCAAAGCAGGCAGCUUCCGAGCCGUUGACUGGUGCAUGGAGUUAAAUAACUUGUAUACAAAGGUUUAUUACAGAGGCAAGAGCUCUAAUCACACUAUAGACCGUAUAAUCUUGGAAUCUCCCCUUGUCCAGGUUUAUCACAACUUACAACGGGUUUUUGAAGAAAACUUCUUGCACUCACACCUCACGACUCAACACGCUAUUGUUGACAUGACGCAGACAUUCAUUGAGCUCUGUAGGUACAUAGCACAGCACUCCCCGCAUGAACCUGUGCUUGGACGAAAAAGUAAACACUCUAUUCCUGAUCUCUACACUAAAGGUCUUGAAUUAAUA